AUGGAGUUGGAGUUGUUUGAUAUUUGGGGGAUUGAAUUCAUGGGACCUUUCCCACCCUCAUACUCUAACAAUUAUAUAUUGGUGGCUGUGGACUAUGUGUCCAAAUGGGUGGAAGCCAUAGCAACAUCAACAAAUGACCAGAAAGUAGUGAUCAAUUUUUUGAGGAAGAACAUAUUUAGUCGGUUUGGGAUUCCAAGAGCUCUUAUAAGUGAUGGGGGAACUCACUUUUGCAACAAGCAAUUAGAGAUACUCCUCCUCAAAUAUGGUGUUAAGCACAAAGUAGCAACCCCAUACCAUCCACAAACCAAUGGUCAAGCUGAAAUUUCAAAUAGAAAGCUCAAGAGAAUCCUUGAGAAAACUGUUGGGAACUCAAGAAAAGAUUGGUCCAAGAAGCUAGAUGAUGCAUUGUGGGCUUAUAGAAUAGCUUUUAAAAUACCUAUUGGGAAGCUGAAGUCAAGAUUGUCUGGACCGUUCACAAUCAUCAAGGUUUCUCCUUAUGGUCAUGUGGAGCUCAUGGAUGACAAAACACAGAAGACUUUCACUGUCAAUGGCCACAGACUUAAGCACUACUUGGGGGACUCAUUGGAUGAGCAAAGAGUGAACUAUAACCUCAACUGA